AUGUCCGAUAAACCCACUCUGAGCUUGUAUCCUGUCCUAUGUCGAGUGCCGACAUGCUGGCAAAACCAUCAAUCCCUCACUCACCACACACCCCCAUCUAGCACCUUGCGAGACCAUCAGAGUAUGUGCCUGCUUCAGCUGUUUCCAGUCCACGCGAGACAAGUCUUCAUCUCUCUAACUGUGGGAGACAUGCUAUUUCUUGGCCUUGCAAAACAAAACAAAAUCCCACGCAAAGCUGUUGAUAAUGGCCCAUGA